UCUGGACUCUGAAGACCUUGCAUGCUGUGGAUCCAGUUUCUUCAACAUCUCUUUGCACCCAAAGCUGAGAGUUGUGGAUCAGUGACGCAAGUGGAUGCAGAUCUCCGGGGUGGAUUUUCACUAACACGUCUUUUGUUUUGGUACGGUGACGGUGAAAGACAAAAACUACGCUUGCGCUUCACCAGUGGGCCAAAGAGCCAAACGGAUGGUUAUUUUUAUGAGGGACUUUGUAGCAGAAAUGGGUCAGGACCAAACCAAACAGCAGAUUGAGAAGGGGCUGAAGCUUUAUCAGUCAAAUGACACAGAAAAGGCUUUAUAUGUCUGGAUGAAAGUGUUAAGGAAGACAUCUGAUCCUGGUGGGAAGUUUCGAGUUUUAGGUUGUCUGAUCACAGCACAUUCGGAAAUGGGGAAAUACAAGGAGAUGCUACAGUACUCCCUAGCUCAGAUAAACACAGCCAGAGAGAUGGAGGAUCCGGACUACCUGACGGAGGGCUACCUGAACCUGGCACGCAGCAAUGAGAAGCUUUGUGAAUUCCAGAAGACGGUCUCAUAUUGUGAGACCUGCUUAAACAUGCAGGGCACCACCGUAAGCCUACAGCUCAACGGGCAAGUGUGUUUGAGCAUGGGCAAUGCCUAUCUGGGCCUUAGCAUUUUCCAAAAGGCCUUAGUGAGCUAUGAGAAGGCCCUGCGAUACGCUCACAACAAUGAUGACAAGAUGCUGGAGUGCCGGGUCUGUUGUAGUUUGGGCAACUUCUACAUCCAGCUUAAGGAUUAUGAGAAAGCACUCUUCUUUCCUUGCAAAGCAGCGGAGCUCGUGAAUGACUAUGGUAAGGGUUGGAGUCUCAAGUACCGUGCCAUGAGCCAGUACCAUAUGUCAGUGGCCUACAGGAAGUUGCUGCGCUUAGCAGAUGCAAUGGAAUGCUGUGAGGAAUCAAUGAAGAUUGCACUGCAGCAUGGAGAUCGGCCCCUUCAGGCAUUGUGUCUGCUUAACUUUGCUGAUAUUCAUCGCUGUCAGAAAGAUGUUGAUAAAGCAUUCCCUCGCUACGAGUCCUCCAUGUGCAUAAUGUCAGAGAUCGGCAACCGCCUUGGACAAGCAUCCAUCUACGUAGGUGUGGGGAAGUGCUGGAUUCUGCAGAAGGAAUACGAUAAGGCUUUGGACUCAUUGCAAAGAGCGCAUGAUCUGGCCGAGGCGAUUGGAAACAAGCUGUGUAUCCUGAAGGUGCACAGUCUGUGUGAAGGCAUCUACCGCUGUAAGGAGCAGCAGGAUGAGUUGAGAGAGCAGGUGGUGAAGUUCCUGCAGUGUGUGGAAGAGCUAGAGCUCUACUGUGGCAUGUGUGGGGAGUCUAUCGGAGAGAGGAACCAGCAGCUGCAGGCUUUGCCCUGCUCUCACAUUUUCCACCUCAAGUGUCUGCAGACAAAUGGCACAAAGGGCUGCCCAAAAUGCCAUCGUUCUUCAGUGAAGCUGGGUUUUGUAUGAGAUUUGCACUCCUGCCUUGGACAAAAUGGCAGAAUCCCAUCACAGUGACCCAUCUGGGAGCAGAAGUUCCAGGGCCUUCUUUCAGGAAGCUUUCUAACUGGACAAAAGGAUGGUUUCCGGUAUUUCCAUCCUGUCUUUAUGGCAACUGGGAAUAAUGUGGAAAUGACAGGACAUGGAUUAAUAGUUAAACACAGAGACGUCAUGAAAGACAACAGAUAUUACACUGAACUGACUUUAUUAUACUGCAUUGGUUUAAGACAGAAAAACAGCCUUUGAUUGGACCAUGCAGCAUUGCUAUCCUGUCAGUGAGGAUAUUCAUCAACAAGGUGAGAGCUUUACAUAUCACAUGGUUUCCUAAUGGACAUUAUUGUUCUAUUAUCACAGCUGAACAGAACAUGUAUAUUUAAAUCAUUUAUAACUUUCUAAGUGAUUUUCAAUCAAGUUUC